CUUGUAAGAAAAAUGCCGCCACAAUUAGCAAUGAAAAAACAUGCUAAAUAUUUUCAAAGCAUACUACAAAUGAUACCCAGUGAUUGGGAAAGCUAUGAUGAUUCCAGAAUUGCUAUAGCGUUUUUUGCUAUAUCAGGACUAGAUGUAUUAAAUUGCUUAAAUUACCUUAGCAAAGAAACAAAAUUAGAGGCAAUAGACUGGAUCUAUAGGCAACAACUUGUUGGAAUUGGACCACGUUCAGGUUUUCGACCAUCUAUAAUGGUACCAAAGAACAUUCCAAAUUAUCAGUGUGGUCAUUUAGCAAUGACGUACUUAGCAUUAGGUAGCCUUUUAAUUCUUGAAGAUGAUUUAAGCAAAGUGGAUAAAAAAUCCAUUUUAGAAGGCAUGCGAGCUUGCCAAAAGCCAGAUGGAACUUUUUCAGCUGUUCUAAUGGGAGGUGAAAGUGAUAUGCGAUUUCUUUAUUGUGCCUGUUGUAUAUCUGCAAUCUUAAAUGAUUGGUCAGGCAUGGACAAAGCAAGAGCUAUUGACUAUAUUUUAAAUAGCAUUUCAUAUGAUGGAGCAAUUGGACAAGGACCUGGUCUUGAAUCACACGGAGGAUCUACAUUUUGUGCUGUAGCUAGUCUAUGUCUCAUGAAUGAGCUUCAUAAUGUCUUGACAAAUGAUCAGUUAAAUAGAUUGAGAAGAUGGUGUCUCAUGAGGCAAGAUAGUGGUUUUCAUGGACGACCUGGAAAGCCGUCUGACACAUGUUAUAGUUUUUGGGUUGGUGCUACCCUACAAUUGCUCGAUUUUAACAAAUUUCCUGAUCCAGAAAAAAAUAGAGCGUUUGUUCUUACUACGCAAAAUGGAAUUAUAGGCGGGUUUGCAAAAUUUGCUAAAUGUCAACCUGAUCCGCAUCAUACAUACUUGGGUUUAUGUGGUUUAAGUCUUGCAGGAGAGACAGGUUUAAGUAUAGUAAAUGCUGCUCUAAAUAUCACCGAUAGAGCAUAUAAACAUUUAUUGAAACUCCAUGAUGUAUGGUAAUGUUAUUAACAUUUACACUAAAUACU